UCCAGAUAGGCCUUACGACUGAGGUUGCGGAUAAGCGAUUCCACGAAUCAACCAAUUUCGACACUGGCUCGUCCCGUUCCGAUUGAUCGAGUUUUUCAUCUUCAAUCCGUCAUUCUCAAUCUGUAAUAUUUAGCUUGAUACCUCCUUUGUCGACAUCUCUGGUACAUGUCUUACAUGUUCCAACGCGUUGUUCAGACGAAGAGGCGACCAUCUUCGAGUCAAGUGUAUCGCGCGUUAUUCGAGUAGACGAGUAGUUGGUACGCGGCAAAUCACGGCAUCCUUCCCGCCAUUGAAAAAAACAAUUGAUCGAUCAGGCAGGUUAAAUUCACGCUGAGGCUGAGUGAGAAGCCUGAUAUAACGUGUGUCUUCGUCGGCGUUGUAUUUACGACGCGAGAGAAUAACGGAAUAAUUUAACGGUGCGUUCGAACGGACGGAGUUAUCGGUCGUACUCGACUCGUUCCGAGGUUGAACGAACGUUGGUACAUGUGAGUGACGAGGAAUGAAACGAUGUAUGUUAAUGUUGCUAAACGUUUCACCGCAGUAACGAAGAGCAGUGUUGAUACGUACGACGACGAUAUUUAAUACGAAUACGUUUAACAGAUCCCAUGUGUGUGUAUGUGUGCGUUAAUGACACAGAUGCACUCUCUAGAGAACGAGCGACAACGUAACCUUAACGAAGUUGCACGAUUGCCCGGGAUACACACGGAUUCGUGAACGCUUGCACGCGUAAAAUAGCAUUAAAAUGGCCAUCGCACGCCGUUGCAGCACAGCCGAUUAAGAGUUCUCACAUUUCAUUUGUUAGUUUAUUAUUUUAUACGUACACACAUAUAUACGCACAUAUAUAUAUAUAUAUAUAUAUAUUCAUACACAUAUAUGUAUUUUAACAAUAAUAAUCGGCUCAUCAACAAUAGGUUGCAAUGAUGUCAUUUAUGAAAGGUAUUGAUACGACUAAACAAGAGCUUGCCUAUCGGGAUAAACAUUUUCAUGAUAUCCGAAUCAUUAAAGACAGGCAGGUAGCAUGCACUUCUUGUGGCAAUAGAUUGAAAAUUGAGUUAGGACAUAUUUUUUCUCAUCCAUUAUUGGGAAUUUUGCAAUGUGAGACAUGCCAAAAAAAUUUUCGAGCUCUAGGUGAACCAUCUAAUAAAAAGAGAUAUUGUUACAUAUGUGGUCAGGAAAAAAAGUUAUAUAUAUGUAGUGAUAAGAAGUGUUUCUCUGCAUUUUGUAAGAAUUGUAUAAAAAGAAAUACAACUUUGUCAUUACUGGAUGCAGAACAUGAAGACUGGAGAUGUUUUGUAUGUAAAUCCAAGCCACUCUGGGAGUUAAGAGCUGUGUGUGCUGCUGUAUUGAACGCACUUCCUAAAAGGUGUAACAGGAGUAACAUCUUCAAGACUCAAAUACAUACCUUACCGUCGCAAAAAGAAACAAUAGCAAAAACCAAAAGGGUACAGCGAAGCUUGCACGCAUUAUGCGAUGAUGAAGAUAGUAUUUCUGAACCGAAACUACCGUAUUUCUAUUCGAAAUUCAUGAAGUUUACGAAAGAAACACACAAUCAAGAUUCUCACCGAUUGAAACCGUUAGAAGUGACUUUAGUAGAUUCGUCCGAUAUGACGAGCGACAAUGAGGAAAAGAUAAUAAAGACCAAGAAGAAUAAAAAAGUCAAGCCGAUUCCGAGCAGUCAGGACUCGAGUAGUUCAUCGUCGGCUUCGAAGCCGGUUGUAAAUAAGAGAGAUGCCCCGAAGAAAAGCAAGAAUCCUAGUGAUGAUUCGGAUGACAGUUCUGUCGUGUUGUCAGAGGAGGUAAUUAAACCCCAACAUGCAAGAAGGUCCCACGAUAGAUUUACGGAGAAACGGAAAAGCAGAGGGAAUAACGUGACCGAUGCUUCUAAUAGUGAAAGUGAUAAGGACGGUUCCACGAGCAAAGUGCCGAAAACAUUCAACAGUUCCUCGGGACAUGCUGCGGAAAAGGAUGGCAAGAAGGAUGUUAGAUCUCAUAAUGUAAGAACCGCUAAGAGCAAGGUAAACAAGUAUCGCUACUCAACUAGCGAGUCGGAGGAUGAAGAUGCCAAGAAUACGAAGCAAAGCGGGGAGAAGCGUCCUGCGAGUCGCGCUGCGUCGCACAACGAGGAGCGGAAACGUAACAAUUUGAAGGGGAAGACUCGGGAGGACGACUCGGACUCGAGUGGCAAGGAGUUCCAAAGGGAAAAACUCCUUCACGAGAAACACAGCGUUGUGAUGAGACGGUUGAAAGAUUUGGAUGUGGAUUACACCAAGUCGCCCGCCGCACGGAAUUCCUCGGGUAACCGAAUGAAGAAGGACAGCGAUGACGAGGAGCAGAUGAAUGUAACUUUUGGGGAUGUGAAGGAGGUUCUGGAAGAAUGCAAAAGCAUAUGUUCGACGUUCCAAAAGUAUAUGGAAGUUAUAGUAGGGCUGUACGAGAAGAAAGAUGAGGAGAAGCUUCUACUGAUAUCGGCGCGAAAGGUGAACGAAGUAAUGACGAAGUUGAGUAAGAAGCACAAGGAGCUGACGGCCUUCUACGAGCUUUGGUCCAAGAAAUCCAGACGUUCGAUGGGCGAGCCGAAGAAGACGGAAGCGCAGAGAGAAGUCGGUCGCGACGGAGAACGAUCGCCUUCCGAGGAGACCACUAACGCGUGCGUAAAGCGUAAAACGCAAAGCGAGAAGACUGACGUGAAACGUAAGACACACGAGGAGGAGGAGGAGGAGGAGAAGCUUCGCGAACAGGACAGCAAGGAAGUGUCUGAAUGCGACAGCGAAGAGAUCUUUUCGGCGGACGAGAGCAGGUCGUCUCGGAAAGUUCAGGAAAUUGCUCGCGUCGACGUGUCGGCGAUGGACAACAGCGACGUUGAUACGGUCGUCAACGAAGACAACGAGCAACCGAUAAUAGACAGGUUGUUGGAGGAGUGCGAGAAGAGUGACGAGAAUUCGCGAGACGACCUGAUCGUUUCGCCGGUGUUAGGCGCGUCGGAACAGAAGAGGGCCAACGCGGAAGGGCCGAGCAAACAAUCGGCUCCGGAAUGCGCGAGCGACACUGAUAACAACAAGGCGUCAUCGAAGAACAAAGAUACCGAGAUCGAACAGUCGGAACCGGUCGAACCUGAGAACAAAGACAAUACUUGUAAUUAUUCUCCGGAGAAGACGACUAACUGCGAGACGACGACGUUGCGGAAUAACAACGUGCGAGCCGGCAAAUGCUUGAUCGAUGAAUCGAUGGACGACAUGUUCGAGGAUUCCUUCGGUGAAUUCGAGAGCGCGGAGGACACGAUGGAGCCGCGAAAAUCAGACGGAAGCGAAGUGAAACGAGCUGCGCAUCGAACUGAGUCGACGUCUGAUCACGAUACCGGCGAAAUCGCGUCCCCGAACGACGAAGCGAAUCGUGUCGCGACGGCCGAUGGCGAUCAGAUCCCAAACGCAGAAGGACGCGAAGUAUCCCGGCCUGAAGGUAACGAAAACGCGGGUUCGGAGGGUCGCAAUGAACUCGAGAAAGUGGCCGCCACGACGAGCAACGGGAAUAGUCGCGAUGUUGACAACUUGAACUCGCGCGAAAAAGCGGAUCUCGAUGACGCCGAGACGAAGCUUGCAGAAAUACUGGCGAAGAAGACUCUGCUGGCAGAGUCGGAUUCCGAUGAUGUCUUGUUGAACUGCUCAACGUCAAGCCUGGUGAACGAGAAUUCGGUGAUAGACGACUCGAAGAAAAGCGAAACGGCGGACGAUGCAAACGACACCGGCGUCAAAGCUGAGGCUAACGCCGAGAAGAAGAAGAAGAAGAGCAGGAAAGAUAAAUCGAGCGAGGGAACUCGCGACAAGACGAAGAGAUACAAGGACGGGAGUGUCGAGGCCGAGAAGGCCGCCAAGAAAGCUCUGUUGGCGAGCAGCACCUCGGAGGAUUCCGAGUCACAGGAAUCGGAGGAGAUCGCCGAUAAGAUCGACGAUAAGAAGUUGAACGCUAAGGAUGCCGCCGAUAUCAAAGCGAAGGAGGCGCUCUUGGCGUCUUCUAAUAGCGACGACGAUUCCUCCUCCGACAUCCAAGUGUCCGAGACGGAGACGAGCGUCUUGGGCUGCAAUAGAAGGAACAGAAAGCGUAAUCACGACUCCGACGCGAUCCUCUCCCCCUCCGUGAAGAUAAGGAAGCUGAAUCUCCGCAGGAAUCACCACUAUCUGAAUGACGAAAAGUUGAGAGCGACUUGCGAGGUCCGCGUAACGCGAUUAUCGAAGAAGAUCCUCGAACGCUAUCCGCACGCGUUACAAAAGUCCAAGCAAUAUCUGGAACAUAAGGCGCUGAAAAGUCUUGUUAAUCUGGAUAAGCUCGAAAAGAGACACAAAAGCGCAAGAAAAGACUCCGACGACGACGCGUCGACGGACGAUGACGACGCAUUAUCGAAGAUCUCGAGGAGAUCGAAUAAGGGAAGAGGGAAGCAGGCGACCAAAGAGGCAGCUGAAGAGGAGUCUUUGAUGGAUCAUUUAAAGAGGAUAGAGAACAACUGUCCUUGGACCAUAGAAGCGAUUUAUACAUCCGAUGAGUCCGUUGAUCGUGUAGCAAAAGUAGACGAUGCGCCUGUGUCUAACGAGGCUUUACUGUUAGAGGCGAAUAGAGUCGCGAAACAGAAUCUGUUAAAGUCUUCUGAUUCAGAUGCCGAUAUAGAAAAGCCAAUGGCAUCGGACAGCAGUAAAAGCAGCGACGAUAAAAGUGCGGAGACGGAAGAUAAAAAAAAGAAAUCUGAGAAAAAGCCCGAAGACAAGACUUCGAAGCAAGACGAGAAUAAGAAAGAUAAAAGUGGGAAAAGUAAUUGGAGGCGAAAUAAAAUUUUAACGAUGAAACUGUCGGACACUGAUUCCGAGACUGAGAAGAAGAAAUGGAACAAGAAGCAAGAAAAAUUGAUAAAGAAAGAGGAGAGGAACAGCGAGUCCGACGAAGGGGAGGAGGCCAAGGUAAAGAAGAAGAAGAAGAAGAAGGGCGCACGGAGAAUCAUAGAUUCCGAUUCGGAUAUCAAAUUGACGGAUUGCGAUUCUGACACCGAUAAUUCCUCCAAAGCGUCAGACGGCAAGAGAAAUUCCGGCGACUCUGUCAUCUCGUUAGGAUCAGUCGACGCGAAGAAGGAGAAGCUGAAACGGAAAGGGCGCAAGCGUCGUGAUAGCAAAUCGUCAGCUACGGAUUCAUCGAUCGAAGAGAAGAGGCCGAAACCGAAGCGAAAGCGGAUUAAGAAAAUGGCGUCUGACAGUGACAGUAGCGACGCGAUGCAAACCUCCCAGGGGACGCCUGGUAAGAGCGGCCGAAAGAACAUUCGGAAGGUCUUGAAGGACAAGCAAGUGGCGGAUGACACGAAGCAGGCCGCCAAGGAGGAGGAGGAGAGGCUGAAGCGUAUUGCUGAACGCCAAGCUCUGUACAACGAGAUGUACGAGAUGAGGCUGGCAGGGGAGGAGAAAUUGGAAAAGCUCGUUCUGGACUUCGAUACGGGAACGAAGGAGGAGCUUGUGAGCGUACACGAGGACUUGGUGAAGCGUCUGAAGCCGCAUCAGGCGCAGGGUAUCAAGUUCAUGUGGGACGCCUGCUAUGAGUCUCUCGAGAGGAUAAAAUCCACGUCCGGGUCCGGAUGCAUCAUCGCCCACUGCAUGGGUCUGGGCAAGACGUUGCAGGUGAUCGCUCUGACGCACACGCUUCUUACGCACGAGACGACGGGCGUGAAGACGGUCCUGGUGGUCUGUCCCCUGAGCACGGUGCUCAAUUGGGUGCACGAGUACAAAACGUGGCUGACGGAUCUGGACGACGACGUCAACGUGUACGAGCUGACCAAGUUCAAGAAGAACUUCGAGAGGAAGUACCAGCUACAGAGGUGGCAGCAAACAGGCGGUGUGUUGAUCAUCGGCUACGAGAUGUUCCGCAAUCUCACCGGGGCGAAUAGGAAUAUUCGUAAGGGCAUGAAGGAGGCGAUACUCGAGUGCCUGGUCGAUCCCGGCCCGGAUCUCAUCAUUUGCGACGAGGGCCACUUGUUGAAGAACGAGGACACCGCGUUGAGCAAGUGCAUAAGAAUGGUGAAGACGAUGCGACGCAUAGUACUCACCGGGACACCGUUGCAGAACAAUCUGACAGAGUAUCACUGUAUGGUGCAGUUCGUAAAGCCGAAUUUGCUGGGCACGAAGAGGGAAUUCUUAAACCGAUUCGUUAACCCGAUCACGAACGGUCAGUUUGACGAUUCCACCGCGUACGACGUCAAGCUGAUGAAGAAACGCGCCCAUGUGCUGCACAAGAUGUUGGAGGGCAGCGUGCAGAGGUUCGAUUACUCCGUACUCACGCCGUUCCUACCGCCCAAGCAAGAAUACGUUAUCUUCGUGAGACUAACAGAGACGCAAAUUCAAAUGUAUCAGUAUUACUUGGCUAAUCUCGCAAGACGUCAUCAUGGCCCGGGAGGAUCUCUCUUUGCAGAUUUUCAAGCGUUACAAAGGAUCUGGACGCAUCCUGUCGUUUUGCGCUUGAACGCGGAGAAAAUAGAGAAGGCAAACGAGAAGAAACUUACGAGCGAUUCGGAGGGUUCAUUGAAGGAUUUCAUCAACGAUGAUACUACCGAGUCGGACAGUUCUCCCAGCAGUUCGAACAGCGACAGUGACGUUCAAGCUAUCGACGAUAUAAAAAACAACGUGCCGAGACGCAAAACGAGGAAUAAUCCUGGCGUUGAAGAGGAGCCAGAACCGUCGCCUAAGGAGGCCGCUCCUGCGGAAGUGGAAUGGUGGUUGCAGUUCGUACAGCCCGAGCACUUCGAAGACCUGAAAGUGUCGGCCAAAUUGUUACUUCUCUUCAGCAUCUUGAAAGAAUGCGAACAAAUUGGCGACAAAGUGCUUGUGUUCUCGCAAUCCCUGUAUUCGCUGACUCUGAUCGAGGAAUUCCUCCGGAAGAUAGACGACGAGACGCAAAAGAACGUGCAGCUGGAGUCCCUGGACAAUCACACGGGAAGCUGGGCCUUAGGUCUCGAUUAUUUCCGCUUGGAUGGUCAAACGUCAGCCGACAAUAGAAGCGCAUGGUGCAGGAUAUUCAACAGGCCCACCAACACGAGAGCGAGACUGUUCCUCAUAUCAACGCGCGCCGGUGGAUUGGGAAUAAAUCUGACUGCAGCGAAUCGUGUGAUCAUCUUCGACGCCAGUUGGAACCCCUCUCACGAUGUGCAAAGCAUAUUCCGAAUAUACAGAUUCGGGCAGAAGAAGCCAUGUUACGUGUACCGUUUCCUCGCGGCCGGAACAAUGGAGGAGAAGAUUUAUAAUCGUCAAGUCACGAAACUCUCGUUGUCGUGUCGAGUUGUGGACGAGCAGCAGAUCGAACGGCAUUACAGUAAUCACGAUCUGAAUGAAUUGUACAUGUUUGAGCCGUACGAUAAGGAGAAGCCGACGUUGAAUUUACCUAAAGAUCGACUGUUAGCGGAGAUAUUUCUCAAGUAUAAGGAUAUCGUGGAUAAUUACCUUGAGCAUGACUCUUUGUUGGAGAACAAGGCUGAAGAAGAAUUGGACGAGGAGGAACGCAAGCAAGCCUGGAUAGAAUAUGAAGAGGAAAAGAAAGGAAAGCCGCCAAUGGUAAUGUCUUAUCAGAACAAUAUGCUUCCGCAGCAGUACAAUCUGAUGAUGAAUGCCGAUCAAAGCGGCAUGAUGUCUCAGAAUGCGGUAUCUCUACAGAUGCAGUAUGAGAAUCUCCAACAGCUUAUCCGUAAAGAUUUUCCUAACGCUACGAUGGAGCAACAGAGGCUUAUGACAAAUCGAGCCUUACUUGAUAUGUAUAAUUACUGGGAACGACAAGCGGUACUUCAACCUAAUAGGGUACAACUACCGACCUAUCAACCAAGAAUGCCGGUAGUACAACCAACGACCAGCAGCAACCAAUCAAUAUUGAACCAAUUGGUUACGGGGCAAGCGACAAAUUACAUGAACAUAAACCAGCCCGCACAAAGUGGAGUAAAUCCAUUAGCAAAGCAAUUUACAUAUCGAAAUGUUCCCACUAACAAUACAGGCAACAAGGAUAAUGAGGUGGCCCCUAGUACAAGUAAUGUCGGUACGAUAAACACACAAGCGGGGCAAGUGGUACAACCACAAGCUGCUACAAAUAAAAAUCAAGAGGAGUAAGAAUAUUGUAUAUUUAUUUUAGUUUCUACAAUAUAAUUAUAUUUUAGCAUUGUUGAUAAGCUAUCUAUGCGUACAUCUAUACAAAUAUAAUACGAUAAGAGCUUUACAACAGAAAUUUGAACUGUAUACGAACAUGUAUUAUUUACGUUCGAUGUUACUUUCUCAUGUAAUAUAAAAGGAUAUUCGCAAAUUAUUACUUAGGUACUAAUAGCAAAACUAUAUUAUUGCAAUUAACCGUAAUGAGUUUUGUAACACGUGUAGACGAAUUCCACGUUUUAUACUUUCAAGAAUUUUCUGUACAGGCUGUGCAAUACAAUAAUAUUAGACGCAUGUUAAGUCUGGUAUUGCAAAUCCUUUACAGAAGCAAGAGCAUUCGAAAGGAAAGUGUAAGGUAUGCCUCGAAGAAGCUGGCUUUUUCUUAUUUUGUAGUUCGUUAACUUAACGUUAAAGAAUCAUUUUCAUCUUACGCUAUUAAGCACAUAUAUAAUGUUUAUUUUUCCCCUCAUUUAUGCGUUCUAUUCGUCCUAUAAAUAUUUUGUAAAUUAAUUUAGAGAAGUCUUUUACGAUACGUAGGAUAUCACACUAGAUAUAGUAGGUUAUGAAUUAUAUCACGAAAUAUUAUGAUGAAUUUGUUGUGCGAUUUUAAUUUUAUAAAUAUAGCGAUAUCUAAAUUA